AUGACACUUCUGGAAGAGGAGCUCGAACGGGCUGAGGAGCGCUUGAAAAUUGCAACCGAUAAAUUGGAAGAAGCCACACAUACAGCUGACGAAUCGGAACGGUCAGCGGGCAUUGUUUUGCUGGUGCUGUUGACGAAUUCCUGGAUUCUCGUUCGAUUAUCCAGAAAUUUUGUCACAGAUGAGAAGCCAACCGAGCCAGCAGCAGCUACUGCCCCUGCGCGUAAAUCGAUGGAAACGCGCUCGCAACAAGACGAGGAGCGCGCCAACGUCCUGGAGGUGCAAGUUGACGAAGCAAAAGUAAUUGCCGAGGAAGCGGAUCGGAAAUACGAAGAGACGUGGUUCAGUGCUCUUUGGAAGAAAACCACUGAAGCAGAUGCGGAAUUGAUAUUUAAAUUUCUAACAAAAAAAGCUGCGUUUUUUUCCUCAUUCAGCGCUCGUAAAGCACUGGAGAAUCGUGUGGAUGUGGACCACGAUCGUUGCGGCGAGCUCGAGCACAAAUUACGGGAAGCACAAGCACUUCUGGCUGAAACAGAAAAUAAAUCUGACGAGUAUUUGGGGUUUAGUGUUCGCAAGGUGAUGGAAAAUCGUUCAUUCCAAGAUGAAGAGCGUGCAAACACGGUGGAGUCGCAGCUCAAGGAGGCACAAAUGCUGGCCGAAGAAGCGGAUCGCAAAUACGAUGAGGUGACACCAAGUGACCAUUUGCUAACUCACCGCGCGAGGUGCCCAUCAACACUCCCCCGUCCUGUUGUUUGCUCUGAUUGCCACUACAGCAGCAUGCGCCUUUAUUUAUUUACCCAGUCUGUGUCUCUGUUUACUUAA